UCUUACAAAUUAGAACCCUAAUGUGAACUGUGAUUUGUGAUUCGUGAUUCGAAUUGAACUGAAGAUUGAAGAGCAAAGAAGCUAAGAAGCAAAGAAGAGAUCACGCCCCCAGUCACCACCCGUCGCCGCCGCCGCUGCAGCUUCAAGCCUCCAUCUCAGGCUGAACCGUCGACAGCUACUGCCGUCCGCCGCCGUCGCACGCUCCCUACCUCGUUGAAGCGGGCCGCCGUGGGGCUGUCGCCUGCCGCCGCCGCCAGGAAAGAAGGAUUGGUCUUUGGUAAGAGCCUUGACAUGUUGGAGGUUAUUGCUGUAUGAGAAAAUGCGGAGAAGGAUAUAAAUAAUGGGCCGUAGAGGUUCAGAAUCUCCGGUUAAAGGUCGAGGGUCUCCGGGUAGGAGGAGCCCGUCUAGAAGAGAAAGGCCUCCGACUAGUCACAGGAGUUCACACAAGGGAAGCUCACCGCCAAGAGAGAAACCUUCAAGUCGAACUAGGUCUCCAAGACGGGCAAAGUCUAGGUCUCCCGUAUCACGUUCACGUUCACGUUCACGCUCACGCUCACCUCGGACCAAACGGUUAAGGAAAGGUCAAGCUGAAAGAGAGUAUGAGAAAGUGAGUGAAAAGGAGUAUGAGAGGAAUCCCAGUAGCAGAGGCGAUAGGGCUACCCAUAAACAAAGGGGUUCAGAUGGGGAAGGGCUGAAUGAGAAACGGGAGAGACGGUCAGUAAGGGAUGCAGUGGAUAGUGGGUCUUCUAGAUUGAGGCAUGAGCGGUCAAAUUCUCCAUCAGAUCUUCACCACAGGAGCAGACACAGAUCAGGCUCGCCUCAUCUGGCUACUGAUAAAAGCGAGGUGACGAACUCAAGAGGAUCUGAGUAUAGGAAUGGUGAUGAUGAUUCAGUAGCUAAAAUGAAGGCUGCUGAAAUAGCCUUGGCUGAGAAGGACAAGCAAAAACCUUCAUUUGAGCUCUCUGGAAAGCUUGCGGCUGAAACCAAUCGAGUCAGAGGUGUGACCCUUCUGUUCAAUGAACCCCCAGAUGCUAGAAAGCCUGAUGUAAGAUGGCGGCUUUAUGUUUUCAGGGCUGGUGAAGUGCUUAAUGAGCCCCUUUAUGUACAUCGCCAGAGCUGUUACCUUUUUGGGAGAGAGAGGAGGGUAGCAGACAUUCCGACAGAUCAUCCAUCCUGUAGCAAACAGCAUGCUGUGUUGCAAUACCGACAAGUGGAAAAGGAGCAACCUGAUGGUACUUUAUCGAAGCAAGCAAGGCCUUACGUGAUGGACCUUGGAAGCACAAAUGGAACUUUUAUUAAUGAUAAUCGCAUUGAACCACAACGUUAUUAUGAACUUUUUGAGAAAGAUACUAUUAAGUUUGGUAAUAGUAGCCGAGAAUAUGUGCUACUUCACGAGAACUCUGCAGGUUGAGGUUCAAUUGUAUGCCCCCGAGUCUAUUCUCUCCUUUAUUGGCAAGUACGAGAUGUUGAGGCAAGCUUGUUUGGAGAAGUCAGUGCUUUAUUUGUUUCUAGUGACCAACAGGACAUCUGAUCUGAAAAUUUAACUUGUCCAUGUAUCAUCAAUUUCAGUAUAUUCUGGAAGUAUGAAGAUUGCAGCUCCUGAUGACUUGAUGGGGAUGUUAUUUCUUUCAACCCCCUUAACUUUUUGUAGCCAUUAUGACCAUAACUUUGAUUUUGUAACUAGUUCAAUGGAUUUUAUUUUGUCA